AUGCUCCGUGAUGGUCUUCCCAGGGAACGUAAGGCGCCGCUCGGUCUGCUCACUGACAUUCUGAAGAAGAGCGAACAAUGCUUACUAUGCCGCCUCGUCACAUCACUCUUGCGUCGGUGCUGGCGCCUGGAGCAUCAUUCAGACGUCGAUCUCUCGAACAUACAGUGCUCAAUCUACGCGACUGGUUGUGGCGCUUUAGAAGAUCCAGAUCUGGAGGAGAAAAAGCAAUGUCAUCGCUUGCGCGUUCUUACCUCUGACCGGCCACAAGAAAUAUACAAUGCCAUGACUGCAGCACGAAUGAGUAUGGGACUCGAUAUUCAGCUCUUGGAACAGGACGCGCAAAUAGUCUCAAGGCCAAGGGAGCUUCAUGGCCGCAGGAUGGGUGAUACGGUGGACGUGGCGCUAGUGGAGAAGUGGCUAUCGCUGUGCGAAGAGGAACACGGCGAUGCGUGCGAGUCGGUGUGGUGGAGGGGAAAUGAUGAGAAUUUGCCGAGCACUGUGCGGAUGGUGGACGUCACGUUGAUGGCGGUGGUUCGAGCCCCUCCAAAUUGUCGCUACGUGGCUUUGAGCUAUGUCUGGGGAGGACCGGGGGAGGAUUACUGGACAACGAUGGCGAACAUCGACGCACGCACAUCUCCCGCUGGGCUUGAUGGAUCCGUCCUACCUGCAACCAUCCUAGAUUCGGUUCAUCUGGUCCAGCAACUGCAGGAGCGCUAUCUAUGGGUGGAUGCGCUCUGCAUCAUCCAAGAUAGUCCAGAAGACAAGGCUGUGCAGAUUCAUGUCAUGGACCUCAUCUAUAGCAAAGCUGCGUUUACUAUUUUCGCUGCCGGUGGAGAGGCAGCUCGAGCCCGACUUCCAGGCCUUUUGCCGGGAACUCGGUCUCCCGACCAGCAGAUCGAAAUCGUCCAAGGGCUACACCUUGCUUUACCACUCCCCUCACUUCGGGAGACGUUGGCACAGUCCAUCUGGGAUACGCGAGGGUGGACUUUCCAAGAGCUCAUACUCUCUCGUCGGCGUCUUUUCUUCACCAAGCGUCAGGCGUACUUUGAGUGUGGAAAGGAUGUAUGGUGCGAGGAUCUCAUUGCAGAAAGCAAGACACUGCGAUAUUCUGACCAUCCAAUGCGCUAUCUCGGAUCUGGAUCGUUCCUACGCAAGCCACCCACCUUUCCCAAUCCUGACCAUACGACAAGCUACGCGACCGCCGUUGGACUAUACACACGACGCCAGCUCAGCCACGAAUCGGAUAUCGUGGACGCUAUUACCGCAUUGACGAACGCAAUUACAAGGGGGUAUCAGCUCAUGGGCGGUGAUACUGGCAAGGCGUUUCGCUAUGGAAUGCAGAUUAGAGAUCUCGAUUACUCGUUGCUCUGGCAGCCAAGGAUGGACUGGGUGCAUAGCAGGCGCGUAUCUGAUACGAUGGGGUCCCCUUGGCCAUCCUGGGCAUGGGCGGGGUGGAGAGGUGCAGUCGCCUAUACUGACGAGAGUCAGUUGAUAAGCCCGACCAUCACGUCCGGCACCCGUCCACAACCUCUCGAGUCUCUGAUCACUCUUUGGCAUAUGGUAGACUACAACGGGGAGAUCGUCCAACUCGACGUUGGACCCAUCCGCCCUAGUCAGAUUACUGUGGACUCAGAGGCAGCGCAGCUGCCCGUGGCGCGAUACACACCUCCAAAGAACCAGAUGCACUACGACCAGCUUGAGCCUCCGCCACCGCCCGGCACUCUCAUCUUUCUCACCCAAUGCGCACACUUUGAGAUCUUGAGAAUGGGAGAUGAUGGCCUCCAAGACUCGCCCAACAAGAUCUUCCAUAUUGUCUCUCAUACAAGAUCACCUUCGGCGGGCGUAGGGCGCAUGAUUCUCCCCGCUCUCACACCCUCGUCCACUAUCUUGGAGUUCAUCGUUCUCUCUCGGUGCGGGGGGAUGAUAGGUCUCUACGACGAGCAUAUCUACGGGCCAUGGUACUUUGGAGGCAUUCUACAUGUGAUGGCGGUACGGAAGGCGCAUGAUCCACGCCUACGAGAGAGAGUAGGCGUCGGUGUCAUAUUCGAAGGAGCCUGGCUUGAAUCGAGUCCAGAGGAGACUGCUGUGCUCCUCGCGUAG